AUGGCCCAGAGACUCACGUACAGACGUCGCCUUUCGUACAACACCCGCUCCAACCGAGUCAAGGUCGUCAAGACUCCUGGUGGUAAGCUCGUCUACCAAUACCAGAAGAAGCCCGUCAAGGCUCCCCGCUGUGGCGAUUGUGGUGUUGCUCUUCCCGGCCUCAAGGCUCUCCGCCCCCGUGAGUACUCCCAGGUCUCGAAGACCCAAAAGAGCGUCAGCCGUGCCUAUGGUGGUUCGCGCUGCUCGCACUGCGUCCGCAGCCGUAUCGUCCGUGCCUUCCUUGUUGAGGAGCAGAAGAUCGUCAAGAAGGUCUUGAAGGCUCAGACCACCAAGAAGUAA